AUGAAUUCGCUGGCGAACAAUAUCACCAAACCAACACUUGUGGACGUACUCAACAAUGAAACGUCGUAUCCAUAUUCAUUAGAUGAUUUCGCAACCUUCUUGGAUCAAACUUAUUGUUUGGAGAAUCUGGAAUUUUGGUUGGCAGUGAAAAGAUAUCGAUAUCACGCCAACAAUUAUUUUAAUUCGAAUUCCACCUCGGUUCCGGUGCUUUUAAUGUCAGAAGCUGCUGAAAUAACAUCCGAUAAUUAUUAUUUUGAUGACGCCUCGUUACGCGGCGAUACUCCAGCUCAUUUAGAUUUUCUCAAGCAAAAACUUCACGAGUUGCUCACCAGAUUCAUCUUGCCAAAUUCACCAAGAGAGAUCAAUAUCGUCUCAACGACUAGAGAUGACCUGUUGUCAAAUGUUUUUCAAUAUAAUAAUUAUCACCCUUCCAUACUUGACCCUGUUACCCAUCAAGUAUUUGAGUUGAUGCAAACAAGCAGUUUCAAUCAAUUUUUAAUUGAGGCCGGUAAUACCGAAUUAAGAAUGUCUGGCGAGGAUAGCGAAAGUCAAGAUUCAGAUUAUUCUUCUGGGGUUAGCUUCCGCGGUAUUACUCGUUCAAUGGCCAGUAAAUAUCGUGCCAAACAAAGAUUUGGGGCUGGUUUAAAACAAAAUCAUGUUGCGAUUGAAGGUGAAUCAAAUACCCCAUUUGAUUCUACUACCAAUCUAAUAAAUGCUACCGAGACAUCCAAUAUUUCUACUACCACCUCACCGAACGCCCAUCAUCGUUUAACGUUGACAGAUACAACUUUAAACACUUCAGCUCCUUUAACAACCAACAAAGAAUCUUCUUCCAAUCCGGAUCAAGAAACAACUAACGUUUCUUUAUCAUUACAACAACCUCAAGAUAAUUUGAUAAAUUUAUCUGGCUGGAGUGUCGUUGCUUCGUGGAAAAAUGAAAAUUUUCAAAUGAACGAGCAUCAAAAUGCUUAUUUAGAAAAGAUGUUUGCCUCGGAAAUUUUUCCUAGAGUUUAUUUGGGAACUCAAAUGGCAGCUACUGAUAAAGCUUGGUUAGAAGAUCAUAACGUUACCCAUAUCCUUACCAUUUCUGACGGAAUUACUCCAGCUUAUCCAGAGUCUUAUACAUAUAAAGUAAUCCCCAUUCGUGAUUUUGGCUCCCAAAAUAUAAUUGUUCACUUUGAAAAUACGCAUAAAUUUAUUCAUUCGGCUUUACAAGAGGACAAAGGAAAUAUCUUAAUUCAUUGCCAAGCUGGAAUUUCUCGAGCCCCAACAGUUAUGAUUGCGUAUAUUAUGAAAACUCGCAAAAUGACAUUCGAAGCCGCGCUCGAAUUCGUUAUUUCCAAACGUCCUAUAAUCUGUCCGAAUUUAGGAUUUCGUCAACAGUUGAAAUUGUAUGAAUCAUUGGGGUGUCAAAAAUUGAAGUCAAAUCCAAAGUAUUGGGGUUUCUUGGUUAAAAAAUGGAGUGAUAGAUUAUUAUUGUGA